CCGUUUUUGCCUCUUCCCAGUGUUGUGUGGCCAGUGAGUCAGCCGGACUGUUUUCCGUGAGCGAGAAUAUUUUUAAUAAUGUCUUGUCUGUGAGGAAGCUCAAUUUUUGUUUCACCUCGCAUCUAUCUGAGAGAGACCGGGCAUUCCGCAUUUCCACAUCUUGCUUUGGGGCAGAAGUGUCCAUCCGUUGAGGUUCAGGUUCUCCGGGUGAUGUGUCUUGCUGGCACGCGCCGACCAUUUGAAGGAGGCCGGGGUGUUGGGGGUCUGGCAGCUUCGGGAGGAGACACUGCUGCUCUAGGUGGUGUGGCAGCAACCGUCUUCUUUCGUCCUCCUGUUGGCAGAAGGUUUGCAGAUGGUGUUGCUGUUGUUGCAAGACUUGCUGCUGUUGCUGACAAAGUUGUUGUUGCCAGAAUAGGUUGGCCUGAUGCUGGUUUUGUUGUUGCAGCAGGAGCAGUUCGUGUUGCUGUUGCCUGUGGUGCUGUGCCAGCUGCGCUUGCAGCAGGAGCCAAAAUUGCGCCUCUACAUAUUCCUGCUGCACUUGUUAUUGCUGAUGGUGGUGGUGUGAUUGCCAAAGCGAAUGCUGCAGCAUGUGCACUUGCACCUGUUGUUGUUGUUGUAGCUGUUGCUGCUGCAUUUGAACCACGUUUUGUUGCUCUUGCAUCUGUUGUUGUUGCGUAUGUUGCUGGCAUUGUCUCACCUGCUGGAGAGUCUGCUGAUUCUGCGAGGUUUGUUGUUGCUGAUGGUGACUAUGUUGCAAGAGGAAUUGUUGUUGACCAAGCAACAACUGGUGUUCCUUUCCGGCCUGCAUCUGUAUGGGGCUGUGGUUUUGGUGCGCAGGAGGGACUUGCUGGUGUGCAUAUUGGGGAGGUUGCCUUCACGUACUCGCAGGAAAGGAGGGGCGAGGAAGAGCGUGGCCAUGGACGGGAGGCGGCCGAAUCUGAGGACGUUGUCCGCCCCUUAUCCCGGCGACCGGACUCCGAUCUGUGCCGGUGUAGACAGAAGGGCGGCAGCCCGYCUUCUSUCACGCGCACUGUGCUCGUGAACCCUCAUCCCGACGACGACGCGGGGCAGGUCACAUUCGGCGGCAGGGGCACGAGGGGCGGAGCGGCGGCAGAGGUGACGUCGGGGAAGACRACGGCAUGGCCUCGAACGCRGGCGACUUCUGGCCCRUCAGUUCYACGCACUGUCGGGCAAYRUCCUGAGUGGAUGACCCUCAGUCCUCCGUUGUCCGGGGGGCGCGACGGCGUUCAUCGUCCCGUAGAUCGGGUUGUGACUCACGAAGACUUCCCUUCCGAGGGCGCGCAUGGAGAUGGCAGGCGGGUGUGGAAGGAGGCGAGGCAGGAGUUGCGGCGGCAGCAAGAAGAGUCCAUAACGCAAGGUGUGGAGCGUUUACGCGUGGGCGAGCGAAGUGGGCAAGCAGACGUGGCCGCCAGGGGGGGUGACGCGUGGACAAACGUUGGCGAAUUUCAGUGCGACGUAGACGACGACGACAGCGGCGACGUGUUCCCGUUGCGUGCGCCGAACAUGGGUGGGAGGGGCGACAGGGGCAGCACUUCGACUAGAGCGGUGCGCAGGCGGACGAGGACGUUCGCGGUCUCUGCAGAUGCGGAAGGCGAGGGGGAUGGGGAAGGAGGGCAAAAUUUCUGGUCCGUGGAACACAUGGUGGCCCUAAUCAGGGCGAAGCGGGAUCAGGACGCCCAGCUGCAAGCGUCAGGACACAACUUCGCUCGGAUGCGGACGAGGGAGUGGAAAUGGUUGGACGUCCGGGAGAGGUUGCUGAAGGUCGGUGUCGACAGGCCGGCAGACAAAUGCGGGAAAAAAUGGGACAAUCUCAUGCAGCAGUUCAAGAAGGUCCACGCUUUCAUGGGCAUGCGGGGAAAGGAGGACUUCUUCCAGUUGACGAGUCAGCAGAGGGCAGAGAAAGGAUUCAACUUCAACAUGGAUCGAGCUGUGUUCGAGGAGAUCAAAGGGGCGAGGGAGAGGAGCCACACUAUCAGCCCAACCAAUGUUGCAGACACUGGCAGGGCAGCGGGUGUGCAACUCCCAUCUGCCCAGUCGGCAACUCCGGAAUUUGUGGGGGAUGGGGAAGCCGCCGGUGAUGGAAACGACGAAGACGACAACUCAGCACGGGGUGGCUCACAGGCGAGUGGUGGUCCGGCCGGGUUCAGGAAGAGGAAGAAUGUGCUGCAGCAGACAUUCGAGGCGUUGUUGGAGUGCAUAGACAAGCACGGGGCGUUGAUGGCGUUGACGAUGGAGAGCGCCAGCAGAAGGAAGUGCGAGACGAUGGAGAGUGCGAGCAAGAGGCAAUGCUCCAUCCAGAUUCGGCAGUGCGAAGCUAUCGAAGCGGAGGUGGAGAUCCAGAAACAACACUGUGCUGCCUCCACUGAAGUUGUGCGGCCUUCAGCAGUCUCCUCCACCAGCCGUCCGCCAUCGACGUCGUUCGUCUUCACAGCGAUGAUGAAUACACACAACGCAGCGAAGGGGAAAAGGGGGAGGGAGU